AUGCCCAACAGCAAAAGAACCUUGGAUCAUGACACCGAAGCUCACACAUUAUCAGGGCAAGGCCUCUUCUUUGCCCCUGCUAAUUACUCUGUAAAUGCUGGAUGCUGGGGCACGGUGGGGGUGAAGCGGAUUGGCACCACAGCUGAUGCUCAACGAGUGUCGGAAAAGUGCGUGGACAGAGGACUGAAUAAUGAAUGCCACAAGUUAAAGUCCGUGAAUGAGAAGUGUCCGGGGUGCGGGCGGAGUCCCUUUGUCCUCGGGCACCCUGGAGCUAGCACCCCGGCUCCCUCUUCGAACCGAGCGUCCCGAGACCUUUCUUUGUGCCGAGGGAGCCGAACGCAGCUUCUCGCAGGGAAGCCGCAUCCCUGGGGGUGGCGCUGGGGCGGUAACGAUGAAAAUCCAUUGUCCUAUGGGGGCCCGCAGGCCGGGCCGCGGGUGAACCCGGUCCGCCCGCUCCGGGCCGGGGCUCAGGUACACCGGCCAGAAGGGUCUGCCUACGGCCCCCGCCCUCCGCCCCGCCCUGACCCGCCCCGCGCGCCGCCGGCCCCGCCCCGCGCCGCCCCGCCCUUCGCAGGUUCAGUCCCGGAGGGCGGCUACGGAGCGCUCAGUCUAGCUUGCACCUUCUCUCCCGGCUGCAGCCCGAGAGGGCGGGGAGCGCAGCGGUGGGGCCCGAGCUGGGGGCGAGUCCGGAGACCCCGGCCUUGGGCGCCUUCACGCCGUCUCGGAGCGCAUAAUGCUGUGAGCAGGCGCCGCGCCGGCCGACCCGGCUGGAUCUGCGCGUGGCAGGCAGGGACUGCGUGCGCCUUCGGGAACUGCGGCGCCCGGCCCCGGGGUCAGCGGCUGGGAUCCUUGGCGCCGCUGGUGAGUUGCUGCCUGCCCACGGCUCCUUCUCUGCGCGUGUGUGAGUAUGUCCAAACCGGCGGCCGUGGCCGCUUCCGGCGUGCGCGGGGGGCUAGGCUUGGAAAUGCACAGGGAGCGGGGAUACCUAGGGCAUCCCCUUCCAGCUGGUGUCCAACGGACCAAAGGGGACAUAAAGCAAACUGGGAGGGGUGCGAGCGGCACGACCAGAUCGCAGAGCUCCACCGUUUGUGCCCACCACUUUUCACGGUGAGGCUGCGCGGCUACACUGCACCCUCCGAGCUAUUGACAGCCAUUCUGGGCGCGUACUGCAUUUUUCCAUCUGAGAACAAGCCGCACAUGGCUACAGCUCCCCUCCCACCGUGGAUUGGCAUCAGGGCUGCACAGGGUGCACGGUGCAGAUCUGAGGUGGCAAUACCCGCUGGGUGCCCUCUCCACACUUGACGAGGGGCAUUGUGCCUGGGGCUCCAACCUGCAGAUCUGGCAGUCGAUUUUUUUUUUUUUUUUUUUGGACGGUGGUUUCUGAACAACCGAAGUGUUUUCAAUAUUUUUUUCCCCUUUCUCCUUGAAACUAAGUGUCUUGACAAGUAUCGGACAUGUGAGGACGAAUGGAUCUGGCCAUUUUUUCGUUAUGGAUUAUUAUACUCCAUCCCCCUCUCGACUUCGGGAGGCAUGUGUUUCAUCUUAUAAAUAGAAAGUAGCAUAUUUUUUGGCAGGACCUCCUUUAUACUGUACAGUCUGAGAGGUCAGUUUAAAAAUAAAUAUGCACUUGAAUGUUACAUUACCGAGAGCCAGGCUGUGGCUGGGACAAGCUGCGUGGACAGCAGCAUCAAAGCCGGGAGCGCAGCUGUGCUGAAAGGAGUAAAAGCCCCAGAGUGCAGCCCAAGCUGACAGUCAAGUAAUUACAUUUUGUU